CAGUGCUUGUAUUCUAAAUAUUCAAACAGGAUUACAAUUCAACUGUUAUUAUGAUUUUAAAAUAUAUCAGGAAUUACAAAUUGUGUGUUGUUCUGUUUUUGAUAUUAGCUCUUUUAAUAGGUUUAUACCCAAGUUUUGUCAAUAACGGUGAGCACAAUACAUUUCAAUCAGAAUGGCACCAGCUUCAGCCUUCAAAGGAAAGAAAAAUUUCAAGUUUGGAUAACAUACGGGAAACAAAGAAACUUUCAAAUAAAGAUGUCGAAAACAAGAAAAGCGUUUCCUCUAGAAGGAACGCAAAAAUAUUAACUAAAAAAAAAAAAUGACAGUACUAUAAAGCUUAAAUUUGAAACAAAUGUAGAAAUUGGAAAAGGUAAUAUUACCCGCAUUGGAAACGGUAAAACAGAAACUGGUGAGUGCACGAAGAAAGAAGUUGUAUUGUCUCAAACAACAAUGCCUAUCACGGGUCUAGUCAGUUUUCCAGGAUCUGGUAAUACGUGGACCCGACAUCUAAUACAGCAAAUGACAGGAUUUGGCACAUCCAGUGUGUAUUGUGAUCAAAACCUCAGAGUGAACGGUUUUCCGUAUGAAUGUCAACAUGACAAAACAAAAACUGUAGUUGUUAAAACUCAUUAUACACGGCAGUUUGAAAUGUUCUCAAAGAUAAUUUUGCUCCUACGAAAUCCAUAUGACGCCCUCCUUUCUUUUUCAAACUUUAUAAAGGCCGGACACACAGGUCAUUCAUCGGAAAAAGUUUUGAUUGAAGAAAUCAAUAGGACGUUCGAUCGCAGGUUACGUUGGUAUGUCGAUCUGACAAGAAACACAAUAAAGAAAUUCAAAGGACCAGUGCACGUUUUGCAGUAUGAAAAACUUCAAACAAACAUGUCACGUGAGUUGAAGAAACUUGCGUCCUUCUUUGAUUUAAAUAUCUCUGAUAGAGAUAUAGAAUGUACUGUACAACUUCAGGAGGGCAAUUUUCACCGUUUGACAAAAGAAAAGAAACAUUUAGAACUUUUGCGAGCCGUCUUUUCAAAGGAAAAACUAUUACGACUGCAAGCAGCAGCGAGGUAUUCUGAAAAAAUGAUAAAAAAUGCUUAUAAUAUAAAUGUUUACCUGGGUGGUCAAACCGAGAAAAUCUUACUACAAGGUUUCUAAUGUGAAUGAGAUUUUUAUGUUGUCUGUGUCUAUGUCAUUGAACAAUUAUUUAAAUUGAUCGUUCCUAACUAAAUUGCAACAACAAAUCCUACUUCUAUCUUGCUGUAAAAUGGGGAUGGUUACAAAAAAGACAGUAUUGAAGAGAGUUAAAAUUAAAUUCUGAAACAAAUUUUAUCACUAAGAAAAAUGUUGAAGAGUGUGUUAUGAAAUAAAUAAUUUCA